AGAAAACCAGUUUGUGCUGCUGAAUAAGGUUCUCCGAGCUGCUGGAUCAGAGGCUUGGAUUAGACUUAAAUACAAAACUUAACUGCAGUGUGUCAUUUGUGUGUUUGUGAAAGCAGACAAAGAUGGGUCAGAACACCCAGCAGCAGUUUGAAGAGCAGUUUACCGAUGUGGUCUCCAGACUGCAGUCCAAGCAGUUAUUUCAGUCAGACUGGGACAUUGCUGCUUUUGUGCUCUUCUUUACGUUCUUCGGUACGGUUCUUGUGCUGAUCAUCCURGUCCUCAUCCGCUGCUGCUGCUGCUGCUGUUGUGAUGAUGAAAAGCAGAUUCAGAGAAGGAAGGUUGGUGUAGACAACAUGAGUCUGGAGCCCUGAAGACGGGACCUGGUCUGAGCGAAGGAGUCAUCCAGCUUCUGUGCCAAAACCUGAACUGUAAUCCUGAGAUUUCCCAGCUGUGAUCCAGAAGUUYUUAUUUGCACAUUAAUAGUUGCUGACACAUGAUCUUGUUUUCUUUGUUCAAUCUCAGUACUGUUUUUAGAUAGACCUGCGUGGAUUUGUGCACAUUAUUUUUUUAGAAGGAUGUUUAUUUAAAAUGUUUUAAAUAAAAAUUUCACAAAUGA